AGUUAACAAUUAGCCGGCAGUUCAUUUGUUAUCUACCGUCGUAAUGUCGACUCCCAAAAGAGCAUCCGAGACCGUUCUCCACACGCUUGGUUUGCUUGAAAAGGAAUCCGGUGAACCUUUUUGCUUGGCGAACGGAUUAUGUUCUGGAUAUUAUAGAUUUAUAAUCAAGCCCUAGACACAAAAGAUUGAAAACGUACCUGGUCACUCGUUAAUUCCUUGCACCUCAUCCCGUCGCUAGUUUACACAUGUCGAUAAAGAUGCUGAGGUUUACGUCUUUAGUUGCACUCUUGAGCAUUGGUGCUUUAGCUAGCGCGACGGCGCCGGAGGACUGCCCUGCUACAGGCGUCUCUAUAAUCGCCCAUAGCGGCGACCCGGUCGGAAAGGAGCAGGUCUAUGAAGGGAUCAACAUGUAUGUCACGGGCAACGCGUCAGAUGUAGGCGUGUUAUAUUUGACGGAUGUGUUCGGUAUCCAAUUGCUAGAAAAUAAACUACUCGCGGAUAGCUUCGGACGAGCGGGCUAUCUUACGGUCGCGCCGGACUUGUUCAACGGCACACCGGCUCCGGGGGAUAUCAACGGGCAACCGGAUUUCAAUGCGACCAAGUUCCUUGACGAUCAUCGGCCCGAAGUCAGCGAUCCGAUUAUUGCGACGGCCAUUGACUUCUUGCGCACCACGCUCGGCGUAAAGAAAGUCGUCGUUACCGGAUACUGUUUCGGCGGUCGCUACACGUUCCGUUUCUUAGCAGAGGGGAAAGGUGCCGACGUGGGUUUUGCUGCUCAUCCAAGUUUACUAGAGGACGCGGAGAUUUCCGCAAUACGAGGCCCAGCUAGCAUCGCAGCGGCAGAUGCAGAUGAUAUGACACCGGCCGCAAGGCGGUCACAAAUUGAAGCUUUGCUUCUUGAGACUGGGCUACCUUACUCCCUUGCAUUAUAUGGCGGCACUUCACAUGGAUUUGGUGUCCGAGCCAACAUUUCGGACCCGAAGCAGAAGUUCGGAAAAGAAGAGGCUUUCUUCCAGGCUAUCAGGUGGUUCAAUGCAUGGGCUUAAUCCUGUUGGGUACGUCUAGUCUGUAGAGUACCCAACCUAGGUGGUUAAUGAGUAUAUGUGAUGUGAAAACCGAAAACACAGAUGUAGAAGUGUACAUGGACCCGAUGAAGAUCUCGUACGCAUUGUGCAUUAAAGAGUAGCAGAACAUCGAGCGUAACCCUAACAAUCGUGUUGUUAUGUUUCGGAUGAAUAGUAACAGCGGUAAUCCUGAAGUCAUGGUAAUUUGCGUUUAGACACGAGUCAAAACCGGGGAACCUCAGCAGGGGGAGUAAACAGAUGUGGAUCUUGAGAUUAUCAACGUUGGCCUGAUCAACGUGUUGUUCAUAUGUAGUUAGAUGUUGAUAUGUAAUAUGUAAUAUGUAACUGACUUAUAAAGUCGAGCUAGACUUGGAAUGAAAUUGGAUUAGGUACAAUUAACUUUUUCUGGGAGCAAAACAUAAUCGAUAAUGGUUCCUAGCUCAUGGUAAAAUAGAUUAAGUGAAGAUUGG